GUUUAAUGAAAUUUGUAAAAUAAUUACGCAAACUGUAGUGCCAUACUGUAUGACUUGUGGAUUUAGUGCUUACUUUUGAUUUGACCACACUAACUUUACUUGGAGGCUCACUUGGCAUUCUUGCAUUUUUUAUUUGUCCUGCAUAUUUAAUUUUAUAAUUUGUUCAUACCAUAAAUUUUUGAGCUGUGAAUGACAUGUGUGGCUAAUAAUAAUAAUAAUCUUUAUUUCUACAAGUACAGCUACAAGGUGAAGAUGCACAUGAGCUACUACUUCUCGUCGACAGUCUAUGACUUUCUUUUCAAAGGUGUCAACAUUAUUACAACAUGGGGAAUGGUGUCCUUGUGCUUGGGACUCGUAUCCCUUUCUGUACUUGCCGAAGGCUUCAAAGUAGCAAGGUCCCAGUUGCUAAAGGUUGCAGCAUCCCGCAAAACUGGUUGCAACAAAUAUGAUAUCCCUGAAAGGUCGCCGCUCUUAAUGUCUGAGUCAUUUCUUGGUCGUAGAAAUCAGAAGCUCUUGUAUAAACGCAGGGUGAAGUUCCAUAUCCUACAAUCUUUCCUACACAUCCUGCACCUCACAGUAGGAUACAUACUGAUGCUUGUGGUCAUGACUUACAAUGCAUACUUCACCAUCGCUGUUGUGGUUGGUGCUGGCCUUGGAUACUUCUUUUUUGCGGUAUUUGAUCUUCCAAGUAGAGUCCUGGGCACCUAUUAUUCCACUCUUCCCAAGGUACCAACAAACUCAACCCAAGGAUCAGAAGGUAAUUCAUGUAUACGUAGUUCAUAUGGGACAGCAGAAACUGUGCCGUCAUCUGUGGUGCUUCGUCCCGCGUCUGAGCUUGAGCAGUUUUCUCGUAAUAUAGACAGUAUGGAUUUGGCUUUUGAAAAUGUUGGACAUGAGCUUAAUGAUUCAGGGGGAGUUCAUGGGCAGUGUGAGAAAGUUGCUGAAGUGGACAGCUUACUUGAGGGACCCUUGGAUGAGGACUGUGGGGAGAAAGACAUUGGUGAAGGCAGCAUCAGUGAUACCACUCAUCUGCUACCUCAGGAAACCAUAAAAGUUGAGGUACAAGUGCAUGCUUACCCUGAAGAGUGAUGGUUAGAGUCACUUAGAAUACCUAAGUGAAGAGUGAUGGUUAGAAUCACUUAGAAUUGAUACCUAAGUGAAUCCUAAACAUUUUUCUUUGUUUAUUGUUGCUUUGACAUAUCUCUGCACAAUGCCAGUGGAACACCACUGAAAAUACAAAGCUAUUUUACUCUAAAUUAAGCUUUAACUAAUUGUCUUAAUACUAUACUCAACACUUGUACACUAAUAACAUGUACAUUUGAAAUUUGAAUAUUGAGUGAUCUACCUUCUACAAGAAGGCACAUUAGCUACAGUGUGGAUGACAGUACAUAUUACUUACAAAAAUAAUAUGUAAUACUUUGCAAAUUGUACUGUAUGCAGUACUCGAAUGUAAUGUAAGUCAGUUUUGAAAUUAAUACAGUAUACUGUGGUUAAUAUGAUAGGUGUUGAAACAUAAUUUAACAUGAUUGAAUAUCUUUGAGUAUGUUAUCUUACCAUUUCCCUUUUAUGUAAUUUCAAAUAUUAAUGUUCUAUGUAACAUUUCUAGAAUGUUAAUAGGUUUAGGUUAAUGCAAGUUUUCUCUCCAGUAAUUCAUUAGGCCAGGCAUUUUAGCCAUUGUGUCAAUGUUAAUCUUUGACUUAUACUAGAUCAAUACUGGUUUGGCUUGAGCUGGGAGUUGUAAAGAAGAAGAAGAAGAAGAAGAUAUUUCUUGGGUUAGUAAGCCACUAUAACCCAAGAAAGUCUAGGAGUGUAGCUUAUAUCUUUUGGGCUCUUUUUGGUUCCAAGAUGCAGUCCACAGCAGCCAAUUAAAAUCCAACCACCUGUUUGCUGUUAAGUGAACAGAGGCAGCAGGUGUAAGGACAUUUUUUUCACAUAUCUCACCAUAUCUGGGAAUCAAGCCUGUUUUUUUGUUUUUUUUUAUUCUGAAGCAAAUGCUCAACCCCUGAACAUGAGUUAUGCAUAGUACCAGUAUGUUCUUGCAUUUCCCAUUAUUCCUGCAGAUGGUGUUUUUGAUGCCAGUCCCGGUGUUUGUAUACCUGUACUUCGGGUACCAGCCCGUGAAUGUUGAUGUAAAAUAUGGAAAUUAGAGAGUUUUAUUUUUUAAUAAAUUGGCCGUUGCCUGCCAAGGCAGUUUUAUUAUAUGUUAAAAACACUUUUUUACAUAUACAAUGUGCUAGACACCCAUUCUUUAUGUAAUGUUUAAUCAUGCAUGCAAAGUAUAAUUACCAUAUACAUGUAGGCAUUUCAAAGAUCUGGUUAACAGCCAUAUUUUAUGCUUAAUCUCAUAUGCCUAGUCACAUUUCUCUUUUAACAUGAGACUUAUUAAUCACUGACUUAACCUGUAGCAUAGUUUGGUUAAUAUAUCUUUAUGCAUGUACAUAAAAUGGGUAGUACAGUACAAGGGAUGAGUCAUGAGUGUACAUAAAAUGAGUAGCACAAUUAAAUGUUGAAACUGGCCAGUAAAAAUACGUUGUGAAGGAUAAUAGACAUUCCUGAUCCACUGCGAGGUCUGGUCACUGACUGGGCCAUGGGGACAUUGACCUCCCGAAAAUCCUCCAGGUAUAACCCAGGUACACUCCAGGUAUCCCUAGAGCUUGCUUAACCGUCAACACUUCACAUCCCACUGGAACAUAUUCAUUUUCCAAGGCAUUUCCAAGCUCAGUAUGAUUACUAUUUUGUCCCUUACAGAACAAUACAGUGGACCCCUGGUUUACAAUAUUAUUUCAUUCCAGAAGUAUGUUCAGGUGCCAGUACUGACCGAAUUUGUUCCCAUAAGGAAUAUUGUGAAUUAGAUUAGUCCAUUUCAGACCCCCAAACAUACACAUACAAACGCACUUACAUAAAUACACUUAAAUAAUUGGUCGCAUUGGGAGCUGAUCGUAAACCGGGGGUCCACUGUAUACCAAAAUGCAGCUCUGUACUUGUAUUCAAUGGCAGGCCCAUCAUUUUCACAUUAUUACAGCUAACAUUCCCAUAGUGAGGGAAUCUCUUCACUUAUUUAGCUUGAGGACUGUUAUGGAAGGAUAAGUUCUGUUUUCAGUAAUGGUAGAUCAACAGAACUGUUACUCCAUAACAGUUACCUUAUUAAUAAACUUCAUGUUCUUGCCGUGUUCUGCGUGCAUGUGUGACAGGUACAAUACAUGUGAAUAAUGUAUAUUUCUUGAAAGUUUAUGUUCAUUAAGAACUAGUUUGAUCCAAGCACUGCUUAGGAAGCAGAACUAUUGAUCCAAGCACUGCUUAGGAAGCAGAAUUAUUGAUCCAAUCACUGCUUAGGAAGCAGAAUUAUUGAUCCAAUCACUGCUUAGGAAGCAGAAUUAUUGAUCCAAGCACUACUUAGGAAGCCAAAUUAUUGAUCCAAUCACUGCUUAGGAAGCAGAACUAUUGAUCAGAGCACUGCUUAGGAAGCAGAACUAUUGAUCCAAUCACUGCUUAGGAAACAGAACUAUAAUGUAACAUAGUUACAUUGUAAUUAAUUUAUUUAAUUUCCUUGAUGAUGAUAACUUGUUUAAUAUCAUUGAUUUGUUAUAGUUUCCUUUGGCUUUUACUGUAUUAUCAUUUGGUCAGUUAUGAAAUCAUAAUUUUUAUUAUGAAGGGUAAAACAAACACAUUUGGUCAUAUUAAUCAUAUGAACAUUUCUACUAAAUGUUUGUAAUUGAGAUGGUUUCAUAAUGAGUCUCCAUUUUUAAUUUAUGUUGAUUGAAUUGAAAGGUAUGAUUAUCAUGCAGAGUUAUGUGGUACAAAAUUAUUUUACCACCAAGUUGAAGACUAAAUCUGUGAAUCAGUAUUAUAUGUUGAUGGAACUGCAGGAGAAAUAUAGUUCGAUAUUGACAAUAAUAAAAGAUUAUGCAGUGAUGGAACUGCAAGAGAAAUGUAGUUUGAUAUUGACAAUAAUAAAAGAUUAUGCAGUGAUGGAACUGCAGGAGAAAUGUAGUUUGAUAUUGACAAUAAUAAAAGAUUAUGCAGUGAUGGAACUGCAAGAGAAAUGUAGUUCAGUAUUGACAAUAAUGAAAGAUUAUGCAGUGAUGUAACUGCAAGAGAAAUAUAGUUUGAUAUUGACAAUAAUAAAAGACUUUUGGAAAAAGACAGAGGAAAUGUUUUGCCAUACCACUUUUCAGUAAGAGACUUGUCAAUAUUGUGCUUCCACUAUUAUACAGUACAGUAUUAUCAAAGAAAUUAUAGUUUGAUCAUUAGUAAUUUGUUUCUGUCAAAUGAUUAUUUAGCUUGAAUUAUUUGUAUAGCUGUAAAAAUUCUUUUUGAACAUUGAAGACAUUCCGAGCUUUGUGUAUGUUAAACUUAAAGCUAAGCCAUUUUGUAUUACACUGAAUUUUUUCAUGUUAUACACUGUAUAUAUUAGUUUAACAUUUUUCUCAGUAAAGAAUUGAGUGGUGCAGUGGCAGAGGAUCAGAUACUCAGUAUCUCAUGUUUAUUUUGCAUACAGUAACUUGUUAAAGAUGCAAAAUUAGUUGUUGAAGGUUGUAUGUGAGAUGUCCGAGGUUCUCUGCGACUUCUAUUUUAGCAUUAUUACUAAUGGAACCUCCAGAAAGAAAAUAGUUGUUAUUUCAGCACCUACUUGGAGGAAAUUUGGAGGUGUUCCUUUGUAUUCUGCAUCUUAAUUCAUCUUUGCCAUAGUUCUUGUGAAGGUUCAUGCAGCUCUAUCAGACCCUCAAAGAGUAUUUGAUAAGACUGACUCUUCCUCAUGGAAAAAAAAAAGAUUGAAAAAUCAACAGUAACAUAAUAUGAUAAACAGUUUUAUUCCUCCCCUUCCUGCUACUGUCAUCAGUUAUUACAACACUAAAGCAGCUUACCAUUAGAUAUAGCUCCUCUUCCCACCUCCUCCUUGCACUCUCCUUCAGUUUGCUCUCACUCCAACUCAUCUUCAUCCUUCUCCCCCUUCUUUUCUUUCUCUCUCUUCCCCUCCUGUCUCUCAUCAUCUUUUCCCUCCUCCUCCACCUCCUUUUCCCCUUCUCCUUGUUUAGUAAGGUUGUAAAGUGGCAGCCAUGAUUAUUAUACAUUUAACCUUGAGAUUUGAUUUAUAUUGAUAUUUUAUGGUUAAGGUUUAUUAUGUACCACUAUACUGUACAGUACUGCAGUUAGAACUGCAGGCUUAUCUUGCUCAAGAUACAGUAUAGAUAUUAUUGUAUUGUACAAGAAAGUAGUUACAUAGUAUAUUAGUGUGUACCUUCUUGAAUUUGUGAAGGUGCGUCAGUCAUCAGAGCCUGGGAUGGCCUGUAUGUCAGUUGCAUUUCUUCCUUCUAGAGGGGUGGUUGUGACUGCUGAAUUAUUCUCCCUCCAAAGAAUUAGAAUUACCCUUCCCUUCUUUGGAUUAAAUCUGAUUAUCUUUCAUUCCUGAAAUGCUGGAUUUACUGUUUUCCCUUGAAUGUAAAAUUAAUAAUAAUUAUUAUAUAUGUCAUAUACUCAGUAAUGUUAAUUAUUCACUUAACAAUAGUUAAACAAAACUUUAAUGGUGCUGAAGGACCCAUAUAGGCUAAACAAUCUUCUGUGAGUACUGUAUAAUAAUAAUAAUAAUAAUAAUAAUAAUAAUCCCUUAGUUUGGCAGAUGUUGCUGAUAGGUAGGUUAGUAAAAACAGUGAAGAGUGUUUAUGUGGAGAGUGAGGCUCAUGUUAGUGUAUGUAAGGGAGUAAUGGACUAUUUUCCAGUAAAAGUAGGUCUGAGGCAUGAAUGUGUGAUGUCACUGUGGAUGUCUAAUAUAUGUACAGUAUUUAUAGAUGGGGUAGUAAAAGAAGUGAAUAUUGAGGUAUUGGGGAGUGGUGUGGGGUUAUGAAAGGUAUAAUUCUGAGUUAUAGUUGAGGCAUUUAGAGAGGAUGGAGCAGAAUUGGAUUACCAAGGGGGUAAGUUGGAGUAGAAGGAAUGAGGGGCAGGGGUCAUGCCAGGAAGGAUUAGAGGGAAAGUACAAAAGAGGUUUUAAAGUGGUAGGAGCAUGAACAUCCAACAGGCAUGUGUGAGUGUGUUAGUUCUGGGUGAGUGGAGAUGAGUAGUUUUUGUAUGAAGGCUUUGUGUGCUCUGGAGUGAUCAAGGUAACAUUUAUGAAGGGGUUCAGUGUAAAUAGUUAACUUUACUUGAGCCCCAGUGGAUAGUACAGUACCAGCACUCAAGUGGAGAAGCGUGGGUGUUGCAACUCCUACCUUAGUAAGAGACUGCUAGUGUGGUAAAAAAAGGGUAAUUUAAAUUUAUAUGUAUGUGCACUUCUAAAAAGACAGCUAAGGAAUAAGUGAUAGAAAUGUUACCUCCUUUGAGUUACUACCUUAAUGGGCAUGUCUGUUGUCUUGAUAGUUUCCACAAAGCCUCAUCCUCAUCAUCAGAAUGCAGUACUAAAACCUCAUUUAAAAUAUACUUUUUUAUAGAGCACAUAAGUUACCAUAUUUUCUGGCAUAUAAGACGCACAAGUGUGGGCUGUUUGCUGGCACGAUGUUUCCCAGCAGUUGUAACAUAGCAUUAGUAAACAACUUGCUAAAGUAUAACCCAAAGCUGACCCUUGACCCUGAUUUUGAGCAUAUAAGACACAGACUGAUUUUCCAAGACUUUUUUUUUUUUUUUUUUUGCUGGAAAAUACAGUAUAUAGCACUUUCAUCCAUUUGCUGGAUCAGAGAGCUGGUAUUAGAUUAGUAAAUAGAUUUUCUUUAACCAUACAUUGAUGUUCAAAUCCAUGUUUUUUUAUUUAUCUGAAGGUCUGUCAUCUCUUUUCAAAAAUAUUUUUGGAACCUUUCCCAAAGGAUAUAUUAAGUGUAAAUCAAGUAUUUUCUGUAUUGUAGACUAGGGGUAGUCUUUCCAUUCAGUUUUGGGAGAUGUACAUUUUGCAGUUGGCGUAUAACUGCAAGAAAUGAGUGAGAUAUUGAAGUCCCAAUACGACUCAGUGUUCAGCAAGCUGUUGCCCAGACUAAGGGUUGACAAUCCAAUUGAAUUCUUUAUGAAGGAAACCCAAAAUUUGGUCAUCUCAAAAAUGUUGGAUAUUAUCCUGACUCCACAAAACUUUGAAAAGGCAAUAAAUGACAUGCCCAUGCACUCUGCCCCAGGCUCAGACUCAUGGAACUCCAUGUUCAUCAAGAAUUGCAAGAAGCCCCUAUCGCAUACUUUCAGCAUUCUGUGGAGAGGAAGCAUGGACACAGGGGUCAUCCCCCACAUACUAAAAAAACAGACAUAGCCCCACUCCACAAAGGUGGCAGUAAAGCAAUUGCAAAGAACUACAGACCGAUAGCACUAACAUCCCAUAUUAUAAAAAUCUUUGAGAGGGUUCUAAGAAGCAAGAUAGCCAACAACCUAGAUACCCAUCAAUUACACAGCCUAGGGCAACACGGGUUUAGAGCAGAAUGCUCCUGCCUGUCUCAGCUCCUGGACCACUAUGACAAGGUCCUGGAUGCUGUUGAGGAUGAACAAAAUAGAGAUGUAGUAUACAUACACAGACUUAGCCAAAGCUUCCGACAAGUGUGACCAUGGUGUAAUAGCACACAAAAUGCGUGAUAAAGGAAUAACAGGAAAAGUUGGUAGAUGGAUCUAUGUCUUCCUGACAAAUAAAACACAAAGAGUAAUAGCAAACAGAGCUCUGUUUCACAAGGCACAGUACUCGCUCCCAUUCUAUUCCUCAUCCUCAUUUCUGACAUAGAGAUGUAAGCCAUAGCUCCAUGUCUUCCUUUGCAGAUGACACCUGGAUUGCCAUGGCAGUGACCUCCAUCAAAGACACUGCAAGACUCCAAGUGGACAUCAAUCAAAUCUUUAAAUGGGCCACUCAAAACAAUAUGAAGUUCAAUGCGAAGAAAUUUCAACUACUCAGAUAUGGAAAACUUGAGGAAAUUAAAAAUGUAUCAGGGUAUACGACAAAUUCUAACCAUACAAUAGAGCAAAAAAGAAAUGUGAAAGACUUGGGAGUGAUAAUGUCAGAGGAUCUUGCCUUCAAAGACCACAACAAUGUAUCUACCUCAUCGGCUAGGAAAAUGAUAGGAUGGAUAAUGAGAACCUUCAAAACUAGGGACGCCAAACCCAUGAUGACAUUCUUCAAAUCGCUUGUUCUCUCUAGGCUGGAAUACUGCUGUACACUAACGGCCCUCUUCAAGGCUGGUGACAUUGCAGACCUGGAGAGCGUACAAAGAACUUUCACAGCACACAUAAGUACAAUAAGGCACCUAAAUUACUAGAAACGGUUGAAAGUCUUUGAUCUGUAUUCCCUGGACUGCAGAUGAGAGAGAUACAUGUACGUGAUAAUAUACACUUGGAAGGUCCUGGAGGGAUUGGUACCAAACCUGCACACAAAAAUCACUCCCUAUGGAGAUGCAACAUUCUCCUGAUGAAAAGCAGGGGUGCCACGAGUACAUUGAGAGACAACACAGUAAGUGUCCAGGGCCCAAGACUGUUCAACUGCCUCCCACCAAACAUAAGGGGGAUUACCAAUAGACCCCUGACUGUCUUCAAGAAGGCACUGGACAGGCACCUUAAGUCAGUACCUGACCAACUGGGCUGUGGUUCGUACAUCAGUUUGUGUGUGGCCAGCAGUAACAGCCUGGUUGAUCAGACCCUGAUCCACCAUGUGGCCUGGUUUCAGACCGAGCCACAGGGGCAUUGACCCCAGAAACCCUCUCCAGGUAAACUCCAGGUAACAAAGCUGAAAGUCUUUCCUGUAUGUCCUGACACAGUCUCCUCAGUCUUCUAGCCUUCUCAUCAAUAUAAUAAUAAUAGUUAUCUGUCCAAAAUGUUGCCUUGUAUUCCUCACCAAUAACAGUGAAGGUGGAACACUAUCUUCAUAAAAUAAUUCAACAUUAUUAAUAUUUUUAAUAUGUCUAAUUUUUUUCCGUUUUCCAUGGCUUACGUGAAAAUUAGAUGUGGCUAUGGCCUUAAAUUCUUUAAGUCUAUGAGAUUCUGUAUAAACCACCUGUCAGCAAUAACAACAUUGCUUAUAAUUAGCAAACUUCAUUUUCCUUCUAGGUUCUCUCCCCGAGAAUCCUUUCACUUAAUUAACAUUAAACCUCACAAUUUCAGCUUUGCUUUUUACUUUGCAAGCUGUGUGCUACUAGCACCAAUAGCUUGACUGAUGAAGCCAUAACCAAGAGGCCUGGUCUGGAACCAGGCCACAAGUACAGUAACUUGUGUACAGUACUAUGCAGCAGUCAGGUGGCUUCUUGUUCACAUUUGUUCACUGGAACUGGAAGGGGGCACACCUGGUGUCUUGUCAUUUUGAUGAACUUGAUUUUUUUUUUUUUUUUACCCUAACAGAUAUUUCCCAGCAAGGUAAGAUGUCACAAAGAAGGAAACUCAUUUCACCAUCAUUCAUGCAGCACAUCUUCAGAGUUCAGGCAACUCAGUUAUUACCAUUAUUAUUAUUAUUAUUAUUAUUAUUAUUAUUAUUAUUAUUAUUAUUAUUAUUAUUAUUAUUAUAUUCACUGCAACAAUUUCUUGUAAAUAUAAUAAUAUUAAUAAUAACAAUUCUAGAAAGCACUAAACACUUAUGGGUAUUCAGUGCUUGAUCUUGGAUGCCAAAGAACAGUUGUAAUAGAGUGCCGGUUGUGGUGUAAUUACUUCUGAUGUUGAUCAUCAGAUUCAGAUGAAAACAUUUGUAAUGUACACUGUAAUAACAUAUUUCUGUGAUACUGUGUACUAUUCUUUUAGGUUAUGGGUCUUAGCUGAGACUGUACUAUAUAUAAAUUGUGAUAAGUCUUUCUGUAAGUUGUAGUACAGUAUAAUAAUUUCUUAGAUAUUAUCAAUGUUACCAGUAGUGUAAAUUUUCAACAUAAGAUUCAAUCA